AUGAGCGGAAUACUUAGUACUAUCACCGGUGCAUUGGGACGAUUGUUCGAAAAUCUCUUACCAAGCUGGGGAGACCCGAUGCCACCUGAGUUACCUAAACCUUCCAAGCCACCAGUACCAGAAGAGGAUGAGGAGGGAGAAAGCGACUAUGUGACCGCUUUAGCCUACCAAAAUAUUGACACAAGAUAUAGAGCUUUUUGGCCAAUAGGACCAGGUGAGUUUAGAACAUUCUCUCAUAUUAGCAUGGAUCCUAUUAGCUAUAAUCUGGAAUAUGGAAUUUAUUGUGCGAAUAUAGAAGGCCAGCCAGUAGACCAUAAAUGCACAAAAACAUUCUGCUAUAAUCCCACAGGAUAUUAUACUCAUUAUGACUUGCAAUUAGCAAAAAACCUAGGUCUUCACAUAGAAUUAUCCUCUAAAAGUCCUAAUGCUUUAAUAUUUGGACAAGAUCAGCUUAGGAGCGGGCAUAAUACUUUCUAUUAA